UGUUCUGGAUCUGUGUGUGUGUGUGUGUGUGUGUUGCAGGAUAUCAGGAACACUGUGGGGAAUAUUCCGAUGGAAUGGUAUAAAGAUUUUCCUCAUAUCGGAUACGACCUCGACGGCAAGAAGAUCUUUAAACCAAUCAGGAGUAAAGAUGAGCUGGAUGAGUUUCUGGAGAAAAUGGAGAAUCCGGAUUACUGGAGAACGGUUCAGGAUAAGAUGACGGGUUCAGAUGUUCGUCUGUCGGAUGAGCAGGUGGAUCUGGUGCAUCGUCUGCAGCACGGCAAAUUCGGAGAUAUUAACUUCAACGAAUACGAGCCGGCGAUUGAUUUCUUCAGUAAUGAGGUGAUGAUUCACCCGGUGACCAACCGACCUGAAGACAAGCGCAGCUUCAUCCCCUCCCUGAUCGAGAAAGAGAAGGUGGGGAAGUUGGUUCAUGCGAUUAAGAUGGGGUGGAUUAAACCCCGCCGGCCCAAAGACUCCGCCCCCCUGUACUACGACCUGUGGGCUAAAGAGGACCCCAACUCCAUCCUGGGACGCCACAAGAUGCACGUCCCCGCCCCCAAGAUCAGACUCCCGGGACACGAGGAGUCCUACAACCCCCCACCUGAGUACCUGCUGACCGAGGAAGAGAGACUGGCCUGGGAGCAGCAGGACCCGGAGGAGCGGAAGCUGAGUCUGCUGCCACAGAAGUUCCCGAGUCUGAGGGCAGUGCCAGCCUUCACCCGCUUCAUCCACGAGCGCUUCGAGCGCUGCCUCGACCUCUACCUGUGCCCCCGCCAGCGCAAGAUGAGGGUAAAUGUGAAUCCAGAGGAUUUGAUUCCUAAACUGCCCAAACCCAAAGAUCUGCAUCCGUUUCCCACAACCCAAUCUCUGGUGUACCGCGGUCACUCCAGUCUGGUGCGCAGUAUCAGUGUGGCCCCCGGGGGGCAGUGGCUGGUAUCAGGAUCAGAUGACGGUACGGUCCGGUUCUGGGAGGUCGCUACGGCGCGCUGCCUGAAGACGGUGGAAGUGGGCGGAGCCGUGAAGAGCGUGGCGUGGAGUCCCAAUCCUGCGGUGUGUCUCGUCGCCAUCAGCCAUGGGAACACGGUGGUUCUGAUGAAUCCUGGUCUGGGGGAUCGGCUGAUCCUCAGCGCUACUGAUCAGCUGAUCUCCUCGUAUGAAGAGCCGACGGAGGUUAAAGAUCAGCCGGUGGAGUGGAGCCUCGCCGAGGGGACAGAACACCAACAGGGCCAGCGGCUCAUCCUCACACACCCCCGAGCGGUGAAACAGGUGACGUGGCACGGUAAGGGGGAUUACCUGGCCUGCGUGAUGCCCGACGUCAGCAGCAAUGUGCAGGUGGUGAUCCACCAGGUGAGCAAGCGCCGCACGCAGAACCCCUUCCGCAAGAACAAGGGCAUGGUGCAGUGCGUAUCCUUCCACCCCAUCCGGCCCUACUUCUUCGUGGCCACUCAGCGUCACGUCCGCGUCUACAACCUCAUCAAGCAGGAGCUCACCAAGAAGCUCAUGACCAACUGCAAGUGGGUCUCCAGCAUGGCCAUCCACCCGGGCGGAGAUAACGUGAUCUGCGGGAGCUACGACUGUCGGCUGGCCUGGUUUGAUCUGGAUCUCUCCACAAAACCCUAUAAAAUGCUGAGGCACCACAAGAAGGCUCUGAGGGGCGUGGCCUAUCACAGGCAGUACCCCCUGUUUGCCUCGGGGUCAGAUGAUGGCAGUGUUAUCGUCUGUCACGGAAUGGUCUACAAUGAUCUGCUGCAGAAUCCUCUGAUCGUUCCAGUGAAAGUUCUGAAGGGUCACACCAUCACUCACGACCUGGGGGUUCUGGACGUGGCGUUUCACCCCACCCAGCCGUGGGUGUUCUCCUCGGGGGCCGACGGCACGGUCCGGCUCUUCACCUAGUCCUAGAUUUUUUUUUUUUCCUUUUUCCUUGUUUGUUUUUUUUUAUUUUUACAAAUUUUUGGACACCUGAAGCUUUUCACUUCUGGAAUAAUCAACAAAAUAGAGACUCAAGUGCCUAAAGAUAAUGUUCCUGUUUUUGACAAUGUGUGUUUUUUUUGUUUAGUUAUUUUGUAUAUCGAAUACCCUAAAGUAACCCUGCGUUCACAUUAUCGCUCACGUUACGCCGCCUGAAGUGUGUCGUGUGUGGGGGUUAGCAUGCUGGCUAAACUAGCUAAAUUAACUUCCCUUAUUUUCUUUUACACAACAGUUUUUCUCUAAAUUGUCCCUAAUGUGUGCAAAGACGUCUUAUAUAUAUAUAUAUAUA